GACCAUAAACAUCUGUCGCUGUCUCAGUGGCCUGUCAAUAUCUGUCGGUGUUCCCAGUGGACUGGCCACAUCUGUCACAGUGUCCCAGUGCACAUCAACAUCUGUUACAGUGUCCCAGUGCACAACAUCUGCAAUACAGCGCCACCUGUCAGUGUCCAUCAGUGCCAGCUCUCAGUGCUCAUCCAUGCCACCUGCCAGUGCCCAUCAGUGUCACAUCAGUGCCACAUUUCAGUGCCCAUCAGUGCGACAUCAAUGCCACAUAUCAGUGCCCAUCUGAGAUGCCUUUCAGUGUCACCCAUCAAUGCCAAUCAGUGCCACCUAUCAGUGCUGCCAAUCAGUGCCACCUAUCAGUGCCAGUCAGUGCGGCCUAUCAGUGCCAGUCAG